CCCCAGAGUCUGGGGAAAUCGCACUGUCCUGGAGAAGGGGCGGCGGCAGUAUAGUGAGGGGGCCGAGGCGUAGUGGUCCCCGGGGCUCCUGGUGGCAGGAGCGAGAACCUCCGGGGACGCGGAUGGCGCUUUGGGCUUCUUUCGGUGCAGCCACCGCCCUCCGCCCCCUCCUGAGGCCUGCAGAAACGCAGUUAGUUCGUACCUCCCAUUGCUUCCGCGCCAACUGGCCCCCCGGAACCGAGGGAGGAGUGGUCUAGGCCCCUUUAGUUCCCGUAGCUUUUUCUCACCCAGUCUUUCAGAUUGUUAGAGGCCCCCCCACAGCACACCCCGGCAGGCUCCUGGCCCAGGCAAGCCCCAUCUCUUUCCACCACCAACCCCCCCCCCCCCACACACAUACAUACACACACACACACACACACUCACCCAUGAUCUCAUCACCCUUGGACAUCGUCUGGCUUGUGGCUUUUCAGCCCCCACUGUGACCGACCCCAAGCUUCCCCUCAAGCUAGUAGCUUCUGUCUCCACUUGCAACUUCCCUGCCCCCAACCCCUAACAGCCAGUUUUGACACUUCUGAACACCACCGUUACCCUCCGCAGGAGUACAUAGGCCUCUGCUGCUUGUCUGGUUUGACCAAAAGUUUGUUAGUUUGUAUGCCAUGGAUCCGCCCUCUCAGGUGUAAGGCGAAUUUUGGUUUUUCUGGGCGUUAGAUAUUCUUGUGUCCCAGGCGCUUUGAUUUCCUUGUCUGUCAUGGGUAGGCUCCUAACCUUAGCGGUUUUUUGACCACCUGGGUCCUGGAGAGCACUGCCACAUCCAGGCUCUCCCUUGGAAGUUAGGGUUAGAACUGUUACUCUUUCUCUGUCCACACUUGGCAGGUGACACUCCGGGCAGCCUUACUCAGGAGCCACAGAAAGCUAGUGGAGUCCUCCUUCUCCCCCCACCUUCUCUCCCAAGUUGCCCCAUGGGCCUUGAUCCAGAAAGCCACUUCAGAAAGGCUGUGAGGAAGGCACUGGGAGGCAUGUUGGUGGGAAGUAUGUGUCAGCCAAGCAGUUAGGGUUUAGGGUUUGGGGCCAUUUGUUUUGGGUAACUUUCUGCUGGGACUCUUCUAGCGUCAGAGGGAGGAAGGGGAUAUUUCCUCUUUGGACCAGAUACAUGGGAUUCAUCAUCUUUCCCCCCCUUUCUCCUCCAGCUAUACCCCUUUUGCACUCUUAAGCACUAUUUUGCAGUAGACAGUCAUUUCAAGGGCACAGCAAGCUUUACUAUGAUGUGAGGGACUCUUGGGUGUUACAAGUGGUACAGAUGAGGUAAGUUACAGGUUUGCAACAUUUUUUCCCAGUUAAUUUGGCACAGGCAGAAAACAACAGUCCUAGGCUCUUUUGGCUUUUGCAAACCCUCCUUUAAAUUUGGCCAGCACUGGAAAAGUUGGAUCCUUUCUGCUUGAACCUCAGCUUUACUUCCUUUGCCUUAGGUAUCGGCUCUCAAACCUAUCAGGCGUCUUAAGCACCUGAAGGGAGGGUGUGUUGAACAGAUGGCCCCCACAGUUUCUGAUCAUAGGGCGGGGCCAGGGCUUGAAAAUUUGCACAUUUCGGACAAGUUUUUAGGUGUUUGUGCUGCUGGUUUGGGUUUCUCAAACUGAGCACCGCUGCCCUUGGCCAAUCUUCACAUGAGCGGUGCAGUGGUUUGGGCGAUCAAAAGGCCUGUGUGUGUACCUUCUGCACUAGAAGCUAGUAAUAUGAUCUUGUGUGGAUAACUUAACCACUGAGUUCUUUCGUUUUUAAAAUUAAGAAUGUGAGCUUAAAAAAAAAAAAAAAAACCUCCAAAUGCUAGUUAUCUUAUGCCAAAUGGAAGAUGAAAUAUUGAUGAGUUUUUCCCUUGAUUUUCUUAAUUCUCUUGUUAGGAGCUUCCAUAUAGCUUGUAUCCAUAUUUAGGUUUUUGCUGUGAGUCGCUAGUGCGCUGAAGUCCUGCUGUACCUUAACUACUUAUUAAAUUCUUUAAGGUCAGAGCCAGUGUUUUUCUCGUCUUUCUCUGCCCUGCACCUUGAGUUGUGUGGGAUGCCCCAUUGAUGCUCAGUAGAUACUUGGAGAAUGGAUAACCCCAUCCCCUACUCUCUUUUCCCUUUGAAGAGGUUUCUCUCCACUAGUCCUGUGCCACAUAGUAAAGCAGUAUAUGGCUAUGCCACCUGAUUCGCCCAGGAGAUUGGGAUUAAUGUCAAUGCCAAAUUCCUGUAACUGUCCCUAUGAGUGGUUUAGUACUCAGAAGCCCCGGCACCCGUUGGUUCUGAAUUUUAGUGCAUCUGUAUCCAUGUUGGAGUAAGAGAAAUAGCUUAAUAAAAUUCAGCAGCUGUUUAUUGAGUACCUUGUCUACCAAGCCUUUGACAAAGUGUUAGGCACUUGGAAUAUAAAAAGGAAUAAAGAGGUCCUUGCCCUCUGGGACACGGCUCACAGCGGGGAGAUAAAGACCCUAAACUGUGUCCACAGCAAGAAUGCCAUUCUGGGAUUCCUUCUACUUUGGACCGUGAUUUAAUCUGCGGUGGAAGCCUGCUACUCCUCCAGUUCCUCUGGUCUGGCAGGCGUGGGUCCCAUCUUUCACCAUCUCGUCAUAAGCAAGGGAGCCUUGGGCAAUGCCAGAAGGAAGUCCUCUAGAUACAAAGCAAAGGGUCUUUUGACAGAGUGUCAGUUACAAAACUAAAGGCAUAAUACAUGAUUUUUGAAUUGACUGUUCUGAAUUACCCAUAUUUACUCCUCAGGCCAAAAGCCCUACUUAUAAAAUAUAUUAUCCUGUUAUUUUUCAUUAAAUAAUGGUUUCUCUCACUGCCUGUGUGAUGGGCAUUGACCAUGUUGAUUAUAGGAAUGAAUUGGAUACAGCUAGUUUAACCCUGGCUGCCCCCCUCAUCAGGGUGGGUGUCAGGUAUGAUGACUACCCUUUUCCCACUUCAGAUUAGUUUGUGGUUUUGUUGUUGUUUUUUUUUUUUGUUUUUUUUUUUUAGAUUUAUUUAUUUAUUUAUUUAUUUAUUUAUUUAUUUAUUUUUGAGAGAGGCAGAGACGGGGGGAAGGGUAGAGAGAGAGAAUCCCAAGCAGGCACUGCACUGUUAGCACAGAGCCUGUGGGGCUUGAACCCACAAAACCGAGAUCGUGACCUGAGCCAAAACCAAGAGUCAGAUGCUUAACUGACUGAGCCACCCAGGCGCCCUCGUGAUGUUCUGUUUUAAACCGAAGCAUAUAGAUUGACCUGCUUUAUUAAAGCCACUAACCACCUCUAGGUAACCCUUAAGGUUAAAAAGCCUCAGGGUGCCUGGAUGGUUCAGUCAGUUGAUCAUCUGACUUCGGCUCAGGUCAUGAUCUUGCAGUCUGUGAGUUCGAGCCCCGCGUCUGGCCCUGUGCUGACAGCUUGGAGCCUGGAGCCUGCUUCGAAUUCUGUGUCUCCCUCUCUCUCUACCCCUCUCCCACUUAUGCCCUGUCUCUCUCUCUCUCUGUCAAAAAUAAAUAAACAUUAAGAAAAAUUUAAAUAUAAAAGCCUAGCUUCAUGGUGGAAGCUCACCACUGUCAUGAUGGCCAGCUCCUCAAUUGUGGACUCUUAAAAUCUGUUUUUGGCCUCUAGCCCAUCUUAACUCUCGAAUAAUCCCUUUCACCAUCUUAGGCUAAUACUUUAUGGCCCACGUAUUCAAUAAAGAAGCCGUAUAUCCUCGUUCUUCUCCAAGCCCCUCUGUCACCAUCAGGAAGCACCAUGGUUUCUCAAAAGAUGACCCAGCUCUCUGCCCUUAGGUGGAGAAUCAUUCCCAUUUUCAGGAUGACGCAUCUUGAGGAGGUGGAACACAGAUCACCCACCUCCAAAGGCAGAGCAGCCAGCGGCCCAACACUGCCCCUGGGCCUGUAGGAAACAUUUUCAUUAAAAAUAAAGUGAAUUGCUAUGGUAUUUAUAGCUAUAUUUUACAUUAUUUGUGUUUACAUCCAUCGACUCUCGAUGACAUGUUUCUACCCACUCUAUACCUUGAUCCUAACUAACCACAAGGUCUGUAGAAUUUCAGGGCAGAAGAUGUUCACAUCUUAGCGUCCACUGGUUUCCCUGUACCACCCACUGCCACUGACUUGUUUGGCUUUGUUUCUUCCUAUCUUCUCCUUCACUCCGACUCAUGCUGUAUCUUUGAAACCCAUUGCAGUAAGCCUUGAGCCACUUCUCUCCUUGCUACUCAGAUAUAUUAUGCUGACGGAAAGAAAUAUUUAAAUGGCAAAAAUAUUAAAAAUUUUUAAUGUUUAUUUUUGAGAGCAGGAGAAACGGAACACAAGCAGGGGAGGGGCAGAGAUAGGGAGACACAGAAUCUGAAGCAGGCUCCAGGCUCUGAGCUGUCAGCACAGAGCCGGAUGCGGGGCUCGAACCCACAAACCGUGAGAUCAUGACCUGAGCCGAAGUUGGGCACUUAGCCAACUGAGCCACCCAGGCACCCCUAAAUGGCAAAAAUAUUUAAAAAGAAAUCGUUUUUAAACAUGGUUUGAAGCAUAUUGCUCACAAUGCAUUAGAAGGCCAAAAGUCCAUGAAUGUGUUCCCUUUCAUUACUUUGGCCUUCUGGGUUAAAUUUUCAAGGAACUUAGUAGGUGUAUUAACUGGGCUUGCCCCAAAUUGCCUCCUCCCAGUUAGAGGGAGGAGACAGGACUGUGACAUUGGUAAGUAGAAGCACUGAUCAGUGGAGAACCUGUCUUUGAGUUUCCAUCCCAUCUGUGUUCCAAGGAUCUUAUUUAAUCUUAGCUUAUAAGUCUUUCAAAGAAAGGACUCCUUAUAAUACUUUACUUUUUAUUUAUUUAUUUAUUUAUUUUGGAGAGAGAGACAGCGCCAAGUGGGGAAGGGGCAGAGAGAGAGGGAGACAACACAAUCUGAAGCAGGCUCCGGGCCCAGCUGUCAGCACAGAGCCCGACGCGGGGCUCGAACCCACGAACCAUGAGAUCAUGACCCAAGCUGAAGUCGGACGCUUAACCGACUGAGCCACCCAGGCGCCCCUAUAACACCUUACUUUUGAUAUAAUGGUAAACAGACCAAGAUUUUUCCUGUGCAUUUAAAAAUUUUUUUGGAAUUAUGAAAUAAAGGACUGUUUGCUUGUUCAACGUUUAAAUCUUGCCUUCUUCACAAAAUGAUUUAAAGCAAUUUGAAGGAAAGAGAACAAAAUAUAUUGAGCAUUUACUCUGUCCUGGGCUCUGUGCUGAAGUGAUUCUAUAUGUAACUUCAUUUACUCCUUAAAACAACCAUGUGAAGUAGAUAGUAUUAGCCACAUUUUGAAAUUGAGACCAAGACUUAAGGAGUAUCACAUGGCCAGUAAGUGAGGAGAGGGAUCCAAACCCAGGGUUCCAAAGUCUCGAACCCUUAUAUGGAAAGCACGGAUAAUUGUAUAUAGGACAAUUGGCAAUAAAAGAUCAUCUUUUCAGUAGAAGGAUCAUACUAGAUAAUCUUUAGUUUUAUUUUUUUUUUUAAUUUUUUUUUUUUUAACGUUUAUUUAUUUUUGAGACAGAGACAGAGCAUGAACAGGGGAGGAGCAGAGAGAGAGGGAGACACAGAAUCUGAAACAGGCUCCAGGCUCUGAGCUGUCAGCACAGAGCCCGACGUGGGGCUUGAACUCACGGACCGUGAGAUCAUGACCGGAGCCGAAGUUGGACGCUUAACCGACCAAGCCACCCAGGCGCCCCGAUAAUCUUUAGUUUUAAACAAGAAUACAGCAUUAGCACAGGGCAGUUAACAAAUGUUAUUAGUUGAUUUCUAUUCUAGAACAAUAGGAGCAGUGGCAUGGUCUGGCUCGGCCCAGAGAGCAGACAUAACCAGAUUUCCAGGUUAUAGGCCAGCAUUAGGGUAAAAAAUAAGAAUGGCAACAGGAGGGGAAAUAGGGGUCUGCUAAAUACGAUCAUUUGAACCUCUCUGAUCACUACUUCUGAAGACUAUUUGCCGAUAAAUCAGUUAUUUCUCUAUUAAGCAGAUACUAUAUGGCCACAAGCCUUGUCAUUUAGGGUCCAGAAGGAUCUCCUGAAGCAGUAACAUUGUAAGGUAGGGAACCAGAUGUCCCUUCAUUGCCUACCGUUUUCUGUUGUCAGAAUGGAGUUAAAGCCUUCAGUGGCAUAUGACUCAUUCAGAUAAGGGGCAUAGGUAUUGUACCAAAGAUUGGAGAGAGCGCUUUCCUUUUCCACAUCUCCCCAGUCCCACUCCCUAUACCCUAGAAACAUGUACUCAAGAGACUAUGUCAUGGAGCCUGCCCAGCCCUAGGCUUGUGAAGCUCUUCUGCAGACAUUGUUUCAGAACCUUCAGGAACCAAGUUUUGCUCUUCCUGGUCUGGCUUCUGUCUAUAUAGUCCUGUUCGCUUUUUAUAGGUUGUCGCGGAGCCCUUCCAAGGACAGACUUUGAGGGAAGGUAUUAGAAAAGCAAGGGCAAUAAAUUGCAAGGCCGACUGGGCAGUGUAGCAUAUCCUAUGAACUGCAGAAUAAAAUAGUGUCCAUUUUCUGUUUGUGAUAAGGACACUUGACAUUUGCACAGCACAUUUUAGUUCAUAAGCUCCCAGAGCUCAGCUAAUCCUGGGAGUUAGGAAAGCAGUUCCUGCAGUAGGCUCUCCCCUUUACGAGGGCUCUUGUGUGUUAUCUCACGAAGCCCUCAGAGCUGCUCCAGUCACUUGACCAUGUGGGGCUGGGACGCGCAUCUUUCCACAGCACCACCUGCCUCCCAUUCCUUCCCAUCCCUUGCCCCUUGACUUCUCUUCCUUCAUCCCGCUGUUGCCGAUCCGUUUGCCCUCAUCGAUUUCUAAGCUGCCAAAGUAAAUCCAAAACAAGCAAUGGAAACAUCAAUUCAUGAUUUCUGAAGAGCAUUUAAAGACAGGUUUUAUGUGGCGCUGUUCCGUUCCUUUUUCUUGGUGGAGAGUACCGCCCUGUGAGAGCAGGAAUGCUUCUUUCCAUGCAGACUUGGUAGAAUCCAUAGACAAUCUGUUGUAGCUAGUGCCACGUGGAAACAAGGAGAGCUUCCUAGUCUGCCUCCCUGGGCAUGGAUUCUUGGACUCUGAAGAUAAUAGAGAUCCCUUCAUUAAGCCAAAGACCAUCAACUCCAUCUUAGGACUCCCAAAGAAAAUAAUCUUACUGAAGAGGGGCAGAGGAUUUUAAAAACUACAAGCCCCGUAGAGAACCGACCACCAUGAGGUAGACAGAUUCAAUUGGUAGGAAAAUUACCACGUAAAGAUGUAGAAAUUAUGGGCCUGCCUAGAACAGGCUAUGAAAAUCUGUAGUGGAUGUUUGAAGAUCAUGGACGUGAAGUAAAAGCACAAAUGAAUGAAAAGCUAUUUGAGCUUGAGAUAAUAAGUAAUAAGGUAAUUGAAAUGAAACUCCAUUUAAUGGGCAGCAUGACAUUAGACCCAGCUCUUAACAGUGGAUUGUUCGCUGAGACUUGUAAUGAAGCCCAAAAAGACUAGAAAAUGAAGAAUCUCUCAGGUUGCAUGUGGAGAGUGGUCUGGAGGGGGCAGGACCAGGAACACUGGUAAAACUUGAAGCAAGUUGUUCAUGCAGCAUACAAGUGCCUGUUAAGUGCCAGUGUGGCGUAGGAGAGGGUCAUGUUCAGAAGGUCCUGUUAAUACUUUUUUCAGGGGCUCAGAAUGGCUCAACCAGGGGAGUGACAGGGGAGGGUAGAUGGAUGAAUUUGAAAGGCAUUUAGAAGGUGGGAUUAGUGAGAUUGAUGAAUAAGAAAGUGGAGGGGAAGGUGGACUCUUCCUGACAAAAAGUAGGACGAAAACUUUGUGAGGUGGAGGUUUAUUUCUUUAAAUUCACUUACUGAGCGCUUCAUUACGUGUGUUGGAGACUGAUGGAGAACAGUCCCUAACUUCAAGGUGUGACAUCGGGAGGAUAGAUUGGCUGUAUGAUACCACCGCCACUGUGUUAGAGCUGUGCCCAGGUUGCUGUAGGAGCACAGUGGUUUCCACCUGUUUUCAGGGUAGGGGGAAUGGGAUCAAAGGAAACCUCUCAGAACGCAUGAAGCAUGAGCUGUCUCCUAAGCGGUUUAACCCAAUGAAGGGUAAAGAGUCGGAAGGAACAUGUUCUCAAGCCAAAGCGCAUAGGGCUUUUGGUGCUUCCCACGCACGCACAAAGUGUGUGUCUGUGUGAGGAGGGCAGAAGGAAUAACAAGAUGAAAGUCAGCCUGAUAUGUAAUACUUAGAAGUCUGUAUGUCACUUACAAGGCAAGGAAGAAUGACUAAAGAUUUUAAAUAGGGAGGGGACGGGACCACUUUGGCAAGAGUGCCAGUCACUCUUGAGAGCCCGUCAGUGCUAACUUGAAGGUAACCAAUCCGGAGGCAGUUGGAGCAAUGCAGACAAGAACCGGUAAGUACCCAAAGAGUGAAUCACGGGAAUGAAGAAGAGGGGAGUGCACCAUGCAGCCCCAGGGGAGCAGCCUUCCUGCAGACAUGGUGGCCUGAAGAGACCCCCCUUUCAGGAGAUGAGCAGUGCACCCUUUUCAGUCCAUGAGACACAGAAAAGUGUAGGAUGUGAGGCUUGAAAAACCAGCUGAGGGCUGGCGGUGAAGAGCUUCACGUGCCGUGCCAAGGAUUUUAGAGCUGAUCUACCCAACAGAAGUGUUUUCAAAUGUGAGCAGUGCGGUUGGGACUACAAUUUAGAAAGAUAAUAGUUAACAUUGGGGUGCCUCCGCUCAUCCAAGCCCUUCACAGCUUGGGAUAUGUUUAACCCUCGUCGUCGCGCUGUCGGAUGGAUGCCAUUCUUCCCUCCGAGCCGUGAAUGGAAACAGGCAGAAGGAACGUAGGAACUGAACGGUGGCCUCACCCCUAGGAAACAGUAGAGCCCGGAUUUAAACCCUGGCAGUCUGACGCCAGGGCCCUCCCUCCUUACCUUACACACCCUAGAUGUUUUCUCGGCCGUGAGGCACAUCAGAACUUCGUGUGCCGUUUCUAAAGAUAACGGUUGCCUCAGUUGACUAAAUCAAAGUAUCCAGAAGAGUGAUGGUGUGAUACUUGUUUUGCAAAAAGCUCCACCAUAAUUAUGCUGCACUUUACUCCUGGUCCAGCACUGCAGGGAUCCCAGUUGGGGAGUUCUGGCAGGAGUCCAGGUGAGAGCGGAGGGCCCAAACCAAAGCAGUCUGUGGGAAAGAGGAGGAGGAAAUAGAUCUAAGAGGCUUAAGAGGGAGAACUGGUUUAAUGAGCUGUAAGCAGUGGGGAAGGGUCAGAGUGGAGUCCAAAGGUCACAAAGUUGAGUGUUUACCUUAACAAGUGACGAUCGCACCCGAGACAGGAUCCCAGCAAGAGAGGUAGAUUUGGGAGCACGCGUGACAAAUUCAGUUUUGAACACCUGGGUCUGGAGGUCUUCCAUGAAGACGCCUUGAUAAGGGGAAGGUUGCUUUUGGGAGUGCCUCUGUGCCAGCCACUGGGCAAGUGGCUUUCCUCACUGUUGCCUCAUGCGGUCUGCCCCUCUAGUCGCCGAGAGUCCCCCCACUGUUCAGCGGAAUUAAUUCCAAGUGUGAGUCCGUGCAACAUGAACCUUCACAAAGGCCUCCCCAUCUGUUUUAGCCUGGCUGAGGUUUCUCUUCUCAGACUAUACAUCCUGGUGCGUACGUAAACGUGUGUGUAACACGGAUGGUGGGCAGUAUACCUGUCCCAGCGGGUGAUUAACCGUGUCCUUUGUCCUUGCCGGCUCACGGGUUUCAUGAAGUAGAAAUGCCUUUUUUUCUAUUUCUCUGUGGGGUGUGAGCCUGGCCUAGGAAAAGGGGUAAGAGAACAUACCUUCAGGCAUAGAUUGUCUUAUUUCAACCAAAUCUAUUUAGGGCUGAUGGCCGUGAAGACGAGGGGCAGGGGAUUUAAUAGUUUGAGGAGGUGCGAUGGGUGCAGGUUAUGGUUGAACUCAGAAGCCUUGUCCCUGUGUGUGAUCUCAUGCUUAUACGGUUGUCUGUCUCUCCUUCUCUGCCCCAGGUCCCUUGGGAGAAACUCCUUGAGGUGCCCAGGCUGAGACUGGGGGGUAAUGACACUGUGAGCUCUAGAUGGUGUGAGACCCCUCCCCACCCCCAGAGCCGAACAAUGGCUACAGCCUUGGAACCAGAGGACCAGGAUCUUUGGGAAGAAGAGGGAAUCCUGAUGGUGAAAUUGGAAGAUGAUUUCACCUGUAGGCCGGAGUCUGUCUUACAGAGAGAUGACCCUGUGCUUGAGACCUCACACCAGAACUUCCGGCGCUUCCGCUACCAGGAAGCAGCAAGCCCUCGAGAAGCUCUCAUUCGGCUGCGAGAACUUUGUCAUCAGUGGCUGAGGCCGGAAAGGCGGACGAAGGAGCAGAUCUUAGAGCUGCUUGUGCUGGAACAGUUCCUUACCGUCCUGCCCGGAGAACUACAGAGCUGGGUGCGGGGCCAGCGGCCAGAGAGUGGCGAGGAGGCCGUGACGCUGGUGGAGGGUUUGCAGAAACAACCCAGGAGACCAAGGCGGUGGGUGACUGUCCAUGUUCAUGGGCAGGAAGUCCUGUCAGAGGAGACGGUGCAUCCAGGAGCAGAGCCCGAAUCACCUAACGAGCUGCAGAACGCUGUGCAGACCUCAACUCCUGAGGAGUCCCACGAGGAGACCACGCAGAGCCCAGACCUGGGGCCACCAGAAGAGCCGAGCGUGUGCCACGAACUGGAGUUUCAGCCCCUGCAGCAGAGCGAGGUUCCAGUGCCGCAGGGCCCAGACCUUCCUGAAGAGAGGAGCCCUGGAAACCCAGAGAUGGUUGCCUUUCUUACUGCUCUCUCACAGGGAUUGGUAACUUUCAAGGACGUGGCUGUGUGCUUCUCCCAGGACCAGUGGAGCGAUAUGGAUCCAACACAGAAAGAGUUCUAUGGAGAAUAUGUCUUGGAGGAAGACUGUGGAAUUGUGGUCUCUUUGUCGUUUCCAAUCCCCAGACUAGAUGAGAUCUCCCACGUUAGAGAGGACGAGCCUUUGGUCCCAGAUAUCCCAGAGCCUCAAGAGCCUCAAGAGCCAGAAAUCCUGAGUUUUACCUACACAGGAGACAGGAGUGAAGACGAAGAAGAGUACCUUGAGCAAGAAGAUGUAAGUUUGGAGGAUAUACACAGAUCUAUUUUGGGAGAUCCAGAAAUCCACCAGACUCCAGACUGGGAAAUAGUCUUUGAGGAUGAUCCAAGUAGACCUAACGAGAGAAGCUUUGGUACAAAUACUUCUCAAGUCAAUAGUUUAUCGAAUCUUCGGGAAACCAUGCCUAUCUGCCCCCUGUUAGGGAGACACCACGACUGCCCUGUAUGUGGAAAAAGUUUCACUUGCAACUCCCACCUUGUUAGACACCUGAGAACUCACACGGGAGAGAAACCAUAUAAGUGUAUGGAGUGUGGGAAAAGUUACACGCGGAGCUCACAUCUUGCCAGGCACCAGAAGGUUCACAAAAUGGGCACUGCUUAUAAAUUUCCCCUAAACCGGAAGAAUUUGGAUGAGACCUCCCCUCUGGUCCAGCCUGAGAGAACUCCUCCCGUUGAGAAACCCUUUAGAUGUGACGAUUGUGGAAAACACUUCCGCUGGACUUCGGACCUUGUCCGGCAUCAGAGGACACACACGGGGGAAAAACCCUUCUUCUGUACUAUUUGUGGCAAGAGCUUCAGCCAGAAAUCUGUGCUGACGACACACCAAAGAAUCCACCUUGGGGGCAAACCCUACCUGUGUGGAGAGUGUGGAGAGGACUUCAGUGACCACAGGCGGUACCUGGCGCACCGGAAGACGCACGCGGCAGAGGAGCUCUACCUCUGUAGCGAGUGCGGGCGGUGCUUCAACCACAGCGCCGCGUUCGCCAAGCACCUCAGGGGACACGCCUCGGUGAGGCCCUGCCGGUGCAACGAAUGUGGGAAAAGCUUCAGUCGGAGGGACCACCUCGUCCGGCAUCAAAGAACACACACUGGCGAGAAACCAUUCACGUGCUCUACCUGUGGAAAGAGCUUCAGCAGGGGCUAUCACUUAAUCAGGCAUCAGAGGACCCACUCAGAAAAGACCUCCUAGCUCGGUUCCCAUGGGAGGAGAUGUGCAUUCAGCCCUUCCCCAGGGACGGGCUAGGAGAAGCCCUCUCGUCAGCUCGGGGAGACCCCUUCCAGGGAGUCUCCCUGACUUGCCCAGACCUCCAUCACCUCUUCCCACAGCUAAAUGAAAUCCCCCAGGCAGAACCUGUCAACCUUCUUCUACACCUGGAGGAGAGCUUUUGCCCAAAGUACAACCCGGGUGGAGGCUUCUCCUUGACUGGAGGCUCUUGCCUCUACCUCAUGGGUAUGAAGUGGGAGAUUUAGAAGACUUAGAGGUCGUGGCUAUUCUGUUUUACCCAAAAUAGGCUGUUGCAUAUCCUAAAGACUGCUUAACAGCCUCAAGUGUGAAGUUGCCCAGGACAACCCUUUAGGUUUGGCAAGGGACCAGCCUCUGGGAUUGUGUCCUAACUGGGCUCAACUCUUAAAAGCACACAGCCCGGAACUCAAGGCAGGAGAUUUGCAUCCUGACGGCUUGGCCACACACUCAAGGGAUGACCGUUCAAAUAUCUCACUGGUUCACUCCUUCACCAUGCACUUUCCUUCGAUCCUGGGGAGAGUGGGGAGAAGUGUCUGAUGGGGGAAAACCUUGAGGCUGUUCCACGUGGACCUUGUCAGGCUGCUCCCUUCCCCAGUGCCAAAACGGUGCCAGGUGCCAGACCCUGCUAGAAAGGAGGACCUAGUCAGAAGCCUCUUUGCCUGUGGGGUGUUUUCCUGUUAGGAUUCUCAUGCCCAGCCUUACCUACUGUUCUACCAGCCUCAGUUUUGCCCCCAGCACUUCUGCUACAAGUGAGGUGUAACAGUUGGGUGCUGGGGGAUUCAGUAAAGAGUAAUUAAAUCAUGAAAUCAUUUACAUUCCCACCCGUGUACAAGCCCACGCAUCCUGCCCGCUCUGCGUGGGUUUGUGAAGGGAUUUUGGAACAGUUGUCAGCUUACAUAGAUAUUACAAUAAUUCUAGAAUUCAUGAUUGACUGGGUCACUUCAUUUACACGAAGAAAACAAGAAGAUCUGAGACCAAAUUAUGGGGGGAAAAAAGUUUUUUUAAAGCUGUUGCUGUCGGCUAAGGCCAUCAAGACUAUUCUGACACCCAGCCCCUACUAUCCCUGCCUUGGUUCUCUGAUAUCAGGGAAAAUUAUGAACCCCAGCACCUGGGACCCUGAAGAAUUUGCCAGGAGUAAAUGGCUUUCAUGUACUUGCGUUGUUUGCUUUUUCUUAGGUGAUUUCAUUUUUAUGUGAUUAAGAACUAAAUAGUAGUAUCUCAUGGCCUAAUGGUAGGAUCUCUGUGGCCUGAUAAAGGUUCCACAGAGACGAGGCUGAAUAAUUAUGAACCUCACCUGCUCUGCUUGUGGGAAUGGCAAGGACCGGAUAAGCAUCCUCCAUAAAUGGAGCACAGGGUAUGGGAUUAAAGCAUGAGAAGGGCGAUUUGUCUUUUGUGCCUGGUUUCUUCAGCUGUCUCUCAGUCCAUUAUGUGCCAGUGCGUACAGAGAAUACGGGUGUCAUAACAAGGCCAUUCUCGUUUAGGUCAGUCAUGGUAUUCCAACUGACCCGUCUGGUUUUAAUACCAGUCAGCUGUUGUCCUGGAACUACACACAAAUAAAUAAAUAAAAGUAACACUGGCAGCCAU